AUGGCGGCGGGGGCGGUUGAGGCAGCGGCGGCCGUGGUGGAGGUCGGCUCAGCCGGGCAGUUUGAGGAGCUGCUGCGCCUCAGAGCCAAGUCCCUUCUUGUGGUCCAUUUCUGGGCACCAUGGGCUCCGCAGUGCGCUCAGAUGAACGAUGUGAUGGCAGAGCUCACCAGAGAGCACCCACAAGUCUUGUUUGUGAAGUUGGAAGCAGAAGCUGUUCCUGAAGUAUCUGAAAAAUAUGAAAUUAGUUCUGUUCCCACCUUUCUGUUUUUCAAGAAUUCUCAGAAAAUUGACCGAUUAGAUGGUGCCCAUGCCCCAGAGUUGACCAAAAAAGUUCAGCGACAUGCGUCUAGCGGCUCCUUCUCACCAAGUGGUGGUGAGCACCCGAAGGAAGACCUCAGCCUGCGCCUGAAGAAGUUAACUCACGCUGCCCCCUGCAUGCUGUUCAUGAAGGGAACUCCUCAGGAGCCGCGCUGCGGUUUCAGCAAGCAGAUGGUGGAAAUUCUUAACAAACAUAAUAUUCAGUUUAGCAGUUUUGACAUCUUCUCAGAUGAAGAAGUUCGUCAGGGCCUCAAAACCUAUUCCAAUUGGCCCACCUAUCCCCAGCUCUAUGUUUCUGGAGAGCUCAUAGGAGGACUUGAUAUAAUUAAGGAGCUAGAAGCAUCUAAAGAACUAGAUACGAUUUGCCCCAAAGCCCCCAAGUUAGAGGAAAGGCUCAAAGUACUGACAAAUAAAGCUUCUGUGAUGCUCUUUAUGAAAGGAAACAAACAGGAAGCUAAGUGUGGCUUCAGCAGACAGAUUUUGGAAAUACUAAAUAGUACUGGGAUUGAAUAUGAGACAUUUGAUAUAUUGGAGGAUGAAGAAGUUCGGCAAGGAUUAAAAGCUUACUCCAAUUGGCCAACGUACCCUCAGCUGUAUGUGAAGGGGGAGCUUGUCGGAGGACUGGACAUUGUUAAGGAACUGAAAGAAAAUGGGGAGUUGCUGCCUAUACUGAAAGGAGAAAAUUAA